CAACAAGAGACCACGUGUGAUGUGACGUUUGUAAAAGUCCAAGAUUAGGGUUUUGUUUUUUCUUAAUUUUUAUUUUUAUUUUACACAAUACAUUUUUUAAGCCAUAAGCGAAAAGAAUUUUGAUAUUACUUGCAAUGGAAAAGGUAGAACGAACACUUGGUGAUGGAAUCGACAACAAUGUAUUGAAAUCAAAUCCUCCAGACAGAAAAAUCAACAAGCUUUUGAACAUUGAAGUUAAGAACAAGAAUACUCAAGAUAUCCUCAAGUCUAUGAGACCUAUUGAACCUAAAUCAAAGGCAGUUCAUUUAGUUCCCAAGUAUGUGCCAAAAAUAAGAAAAGCACCAAAAUGCCUAGUGAAGAAACCUAGAGAGCCAAAAUUCAUACCAUAUGAACCAUACAAAGCUGCUGUUCAACCAAUGGUAUCCAGUAAAGGAUUGUCUUUCUUCAACAAUGACCUGAAAAAAUCUAAAAACGACACAGAAAUACAAGAACUAGUUACUCAAAUGUCAGAGAUGAGGAGAAGUGAAAUGGAAGGAAUGCCUUAUGAGAAUAUUGGAGAUGAAAUGGAUGGAUCACAAAGGGCCAGACAAAAAUGGCAAAAAGAGAAAGAGACAUUUUUAGUUGACAUCAAGAAUUUACGUGAAACUAACUCACAUCUGGAGAACCAACUGAAAUUCCAAGCACAGGUCAACAGUGAACUGAAAACACUUUUGGUAGCUGCUGUUGGUGAAGACUUGGAGAGCAGAGUGCAGCAUCUAACAGAAGAUAAAUUAUCACUUGCAAGAUCAUUGUUGAACUAUGCUAAUCAUCUAACUUCCCAUCAAGAAAAAACUGAGUGGCUGUCUGGUCAGUGUGAAGUGUGGAGGAGUAAAUUUUUGGCCUCAAGUUUGAUGGUUGAAGAGUUGGCAAAAUGGAAAUCUGCUCUUUCUAAUAGAAUAAAUGCUAUGCAAGAAGUGAUGAAAAUUCUUCUGGAGGAACGUAAGAGGGUUCAUAACCAAAGUUAUGAAACUCUGAAUGUCCUGAAAAACAUUAGUGAAAAUGUAUCUGGGAAGGCCAAUGAGAAGCAAUGUUUACUGAAACAUGGCAACAUAUUAGAUGUAGCAAAUGUUAAUUUUGAGUUGACUAACAGCAUCAAGGAUAGUUUGCAUAUAAAUGAAAAUGAAAGGCUGAAAACUGAUGAUAAACUUCAACCAACUCUUGCAGAAAAAACUGCUCACAAGCUGUUACAAAAUCCAGUGUCGGUGUCAAAUAAACAAGACGAUCUGUGCAAUGCCGUCAUGGGUGCGGCAAAUUCUUUCGGUGGAAAACAACUUUUCCUGCAAUACCCUUCCAUCAGUUCCUGCUGUGCUCAUUGUAAAGGCGAAAUCCAGAAUAUUUGAUACCUUUUUCGUUAAAUGAGAUUCCUGAGGAAGGUGAGUUCAUUUUUUUGAUAGAUAACAUGAUGGUAUAA